UUUAGUGAAGGAAGAGUCUCCGUAUAAUACACACACAACAGAAUUCUACGCUUACAGGAGGUCCCCGAGACCAUAAUUCACUCAUUCAUUGGUGGUCAGUGGGAAGAAUGUCUCUUACAUUGGGGGUCAGUGGGAAGAAUGUCUCUUUACAUUGGGGGUCAGUGGGAAGAAUGUCCCUUACAUUGGUGAUCAGUGGGAAGAAUGUCCCUUACAUUGGGGGUCAGUGGGAAGAAUGUCCCUUACAUUGGGGGUCAGUGGGAAGAAUGUCCCUUACAUUGGUGAUCAGGGGGAAGAAUGUCCCUUACAUUGGGGGUCAGUGGGAAGAAUGUCCCUUACAUUGGGGGUCAGUGGGAAGAAUGUCUCUUACAUUGGGGGUCAGUGGGAAGAAUGUCCCUUACAUUGGUGAUCAGUGGGAAGAAUGUCUCUUACAUUGGGGGUCAGUGGGAAGAAUGUCUCUUACAUUGGGGGUCAGUGGGAAGAAUGUCUCUUAC